AUGGAGCCGGGGUCUGACGACUUCCUCCCGCCGCCGGAGUGCCCGGUGUUCGAACCUAGCUGGGCCGAGUUCCGAGACCCUUUGGGCUACAUCGCGAAAAUCAGGCCCAUCGCCGAGAAGUCCGGCAUCUGCAAGAUCCGCCCACCCGCGGACUGGCAGCCGCCCUUUGCGGUAGAAGUGGACAACUUCAGAUUCACUCCCCGCAUCCAGAGGCUGAAUGAACUAGAGGCCCAGACGAGAGUGAAACUGAACUACUUGGACCAGAUUGCCAAAUUCUGGGAAAUCCAGGGCUCCUCCUUGAAGAUUCCCAAUGUGGAACGGCGGAUCUUGGACCUCUACAGCCUCAGCAAAAUCGUGGUGGAGGAAGGUGGCUAUGAAGCCAUUUGCAAGGACCGUCGGUGGGCCCGGGUGGCCCAGCGCCUCAACUACCCACCAGGCAAAAACAUUGGCUCCCUGCUACGCUCCCACUAUGAACGCAUCGUUUACCCCUAUGAGAUGUACCAGUCUGGAGCCAACCUGGUGCAGUGCAACACACGCCCAUUUGAUAAUGAGGAGAAGGACAAAGAAUACAAACCCCACAGCAUCCCCCUGCGACAGUCUGUGCAGCCUUCCAAGUUCAACAGCUAUGGCCGGCGGGCCAAGAGACUGCAGCCUGACCCGGAACCCACAGAAGAAGACAUUGAAAAGAACCCAGAGCUGAAGAAGCUGCAGAUCUAUGGGGCAGGCCCCAAGAUGAUGGGCCUGGGCCUCAUGGCCAAGGACAAGACUCUGCGGAAGAAAGAUAAGGAAGGGCCUGAGUGUCCCCCGACUGUAGUGGUAAAGGAGGAGUCGGGCGGGGACAUGAAGGUGGAGCCGGCCUCACCCAAGACCUACCUGGAGAGCAAGGAGGAGCUGAGUCACAGCCCAGAGCCCUGCACCAAAAUGACUAUGAGGCUGCGGAGGAACCACAGCAAUGCCCAGUUUAUUGAGUCGUAUGUAUGUCGGAUGUGCUCCCGAGGGGAUGAGGACGACAAACUGCUGCUGUGUGACGGCUGUGAUGACAACUACCACAUCUUCUGCCUGCUGCCGCCCCUGCCUGAGAUUCCCAAGGGCGUCUGGCGCUGCCCAAAGUGUGUCAUGGCGGAGUGUAAGCGUCCCCCUGAAGCCUUCGGCUUUGAGCAGGCCACCCGGGAGUACACUCUGCAGAGCUUUGGCGAGAUGGCCGACUCCUUUAAAGCCGAUUACUUCAACAUGCCCGUGCACAUGGUACCCACAGAACUCGUAGAGAAGGAGUUCUGGCGGCUGGUGAACAGCAUUGAGGAGGACGUGACGGUUGAGUAUGGGGCUGACAUCCAUUCCAAAGAAUUUGGCAGCGGUUUCCCUGUCAGCGACAGUAAGCGUCGCCUAACCCCUGAGGAGGAGGAGUACGCCACCAGUGGCUGGAACCUGAAUGUGAUGCCAGUGUUGGAGCAGUCCGUACUGUGCCACAUCAACGCAGACAUCUCCGGCAUGAAGGUGCCCUGGCUCUAUGUAGGCAUGGUCUUCUCAGCUUUUUGCUGGCACAUUGAGGAUCACUGGAGCUACUCCAUUAACUACCUCCACUGGGGUGAACCGAAGACUUGGUAUGGGGUACCCUCGCUCGCAGCGGAACACUUAGAGGAGGUGAUGAAGAAGCUGACGCCUGAGCUUUUUGAUAGCCAGCCUGACCUCCUCCACCAACUGGUCACCCUCAUGAACCCCAAUACCCUCAUGUCCCAUGGCGUGCCGGUUGUCCGCACGAACCAGUGUGCAGGAGAAUUCGUCAUUACCUUCCCUCGCGCUUACCACAGUGGCUUCAACCAAGGCUACAAUUUUGCUGAGGCCGUCAACUUUUGCACUGCUGACUGGCUGCCAGCUGGGCGCCAGUGCAUUGAGCACUACCGCCGGCUCCGUAGAUACUGUGUCUUCUCCCAUGAGGAGCUCAUAUGCAAGAUGGCUGCCUGCCCAGAGAAGCUGGACCUGAACCUGGCGGCAGCUGUGCAUAAGGAGAUGUUCAUCAUGGUUCAGGAGGAGCGGCGUCUGCGCAAGGCUCUGCUGGAGAAAGGCAUCACUGAAGCUGAGCGAGAGGCUUUCGAGCUGCUCCCGGAUGAUGAGCGCCAGUGCAUCAAGUGUAAGACCACGUGCUUCCUAUCAGCCCUGGCCUGCUACGACUGCCCCGACGGCCUUGUCUGCCUUUCCCACAUCAAUGACCUCUGCAAGUGCUCCAGUAGCCGGCAGUACCUGCGGUAUCGCUACACCUUGGAUGAGCUCCCUGCCAUGCUACAUAAGCUGAAGGUUCGGGCUGAGUCCUUUGACACCUGGGCCAACAAAGUGCGAGUGGCCCUGGAGGUGGAGGAUGGGCGGAAGCGCAGCCUGGAAGAGCUCAGGGCCCUGGAGUCCGAGGCCCGCGAGCGGAGGUUCCCGAGCAGCGAGCUGCUGCAGCGACUCAAGAACUGCCUGAGUGAGGCCGAGGCCUGCGUGUCCCGGGCGCUGGGCCUGGUCAGCGGCCAGGAAGCUGGUCCCCACAGGGUAGCCGAUGUCCAGAUGACCUUGGCCGAGCUCCGGGCCUUCCUGGACCAGAUGAGCAACCUGCCGUGUGCCAUGCACCAGAUCGGGGACGUCAGGGGUGUCCUGGAGCAGGUGGAGGCCUACCAGGCUGAGGUGUGCGAGGCCCUGGCCUCCCUGCCCCCCAGCCCCGCGCUCCUGCAGGCCCUGCUGGAGAGGGGGCGGCAGCUGGGGGUGGAGGUGCCCGAGGCCCAGGAGCUCCAGCAGCAGGUGGAGCAGGCGCGAUGGCUGGACGAGGUGAAGCGCACGCUGGCCCCCCCAGCCCGGAGGGGCACCCUGGCUGUCAUGCGGGGACUGCUGCUGGCGGGUGCCAGCGUCGCCCCCAGCCCUGCCGUGGAUAAGGCCCGGGCCGAGCUGCAGGAGUUGCUGACCAUCGCCGAGCGCUGGGAGGAGAAGGCCCACCUCUGCCUGGAGGCCAGGCAGAAGCAUCCACCAGCCACACUCGAGGCCAUAAUCUACGAGGCAGAAAACAUCCCUGUUCACCUGCCCAACAUCCAGGCUCUCAAGGAGGCUCUUGCUAAGGCCCGGGCCUGGAUUGCUGAUGUGGAUGAGAUCCAAAACGGUGACCACUACCCCUGCCUGGAUGACUUGGAGGGCCUGGUGGCCGUGGGCCGGGACCUGCCCGUGGGCUUGGAGGAGCUGAGGCAGCUGGAGCUGCAGGUGCUGACGGCACACUCCUGGCGGGAGAAGGCCUCAAAAACUUUCCUCAAGAAGAAUUCCUGCUACACGCUGCUGGAGGUGCUCUGCCCAUGUGCAGACGCCGGCUCGGACAGCACCAAGCGCAGCCGGUGGAUGGAGAAGGAGCUGGGCUUGUACAAGUCCGACACCGAGCUGCUGGGGUUGUCUGCGCAGGACCUCAGGGACCCGGGCUCCGUGAUCGUGGCCUUCAAGGAGGGGGAGCAGAAGGAGAAGGAGGGCAUCCUGCGGCUGCGACGCGCCAACUCGGCCAAGCCCAGUCCCCUGACGUUGUCGACGUCGGCCGCCUCAGCCAGCUCCCUCUGCGUUUGCGGGCAGGUGCCAGUCGGGGCGGGCGCCCUGCGGUGUGACUUGUGUCAGGACUGGUUCCACGGGCGGUGCGUGUCGGUACCUCGCCUCCUCAACUCCCUGAGGCCCAGCCCCCCCUCCUCCCCGCUGCUGGCCUGGUGGGAGUGGGACACCAAGUUCUUGUGCCCGCUGUGUAUGCGCUCCCGCCGGCCGCGCCUGGAGACCAUCCUGGCCCUGCUGGUGGCCCUGCAGAGACUGCCCGUGCGGCUGCCCGAGGGUGAGGCCCUGCAGUGCCUCACGGAGCGGGCCAUCAGCUGGCAGGGCCGCGCCAGGCAGGCUCUGGCCUCUGAGGACGUUUCUGCCCUGAUGGGACGGCUGACGGACCUGCGCCAGCGGCUACAGGCUGAACCCAGGUCCCCAGAGCCCCCCAUCCUCCUCCCUUCAGCCCCUGCCUCUGACCCUCUCAGAGAAGGCAGCGGCAAGGAUAUGCCUAAGGCCCAGGGGCUGGAGAACGGAGACAGUGUGACCAGCCCCGAGAAGGUAGCCGCGGGGGAAGGCUCAGACCUGGAGCUGCUCUCCUCGCUGUUGCCACAGCUGACCGGCCCCGUGCUGGAGCUGCCCGAGGCAACCCGGGCCCCCCUGGAGGAGCUCAUGCUGGAGGGGGACCUGCUGGAGGUGACCCUGGACGAGAACCACAGCAUCUGGCAGCUGCUGCAGGCUGGGCGGCCUCCAGACCUGCAGCGGGUCCGCACGCUUCUGGAGCUGGAGAAGGCAGAGCGCCAUGGGAGCCGGGGCCGGGGCCGGGCGUUGGAGAGGCGGCGGCGGCGGAAGAAAUAA